CCUAGGGCUAUAUAUAUAUUUAGCAGAAUUUAUUUGUCAAUCUGUAAUAAACCGAGAUAACACAAAUUUUAAAAUAGGUGAAUUCAUAAAUUUGUUAGAAAGAAAAAUUGGUCGGAGACAUUUACAAAAGAAGAUGUCGAGCGACCAGGAUUUCUCGGUGACUGUGGAGAAAGAAAUGGGGCUUCCACAUAACUAUGCUGCCAUUAUCAGAGACGCCGCAGAUCCUUCCAUCAAAUCCUCUGAUAAUCUCUCUGACAAGUUACGUUCUGGUGUUUUCUUGAUGGCCACCAAACUGAUCAAGUAUUGGGUGGACAAGAGAAACAGCAACUGCUUCAUGCUCUUUCCAAAGAGCCUCUCUAUCAUUUGGUCUGAUGAUCCAACCUAUUGGACAUGGUCUCAAAACAAGGAGACAACUGUAGAUGAGGCGGAGUUGAAAAACGUGUGUUGGCUCGACAUCUCGGGGAAAUUCGACACGAAGAACCUCACUCCGGGGAUUACGUACGAGGUGGUCUUUCAGGUGAAGAUAGUGGAUCCGGCCUAUGGAUGGGAGACUCCGGUGAACGUGAAGCUGGUCUUUCCUAACGGUGAGCAAGAACAUAAGGUGAGUUUGAGGGACAUACCGAGGCAUCAAUGGGUCGAUAUUAGAGUCGGAGAGUUCAAGCCGGAGAAAAAUUCCGCCGGAGAGAUCACUUUCUCAAUGUAUGAGCAUGAGACUGGCGUUUGGAAGAAAGGGCUCGUCCUCAAAAGCGUUGCAAUUCGUCCCAAAUAUGGCAUAUAAACCAUUUAAAUAUCCAUAUCCACCAACGGACCUUCUCUAAAUAUAUAUUUCACGUCAUGCCAUAUAUAUAUAUAUAUAUAUAUAUAUAUAUAUGGAGCGUGUGUGUAUAUAUAUAUGAUGAGGUUGAUCUAUCGUAUAAUUAGCUUAAAUAACUACUUUGAUGUUGGUGUUGAAUAAAAAAUAAAACCGAAAGUUUGAUGUUGUAAUGUUUCAAGUUUAAAUUCAAGUUUUAUGAUUCGAGUGUAUGUAAUUAAUAAAUGUUCCGAACAAUGAAAAUUUAUUACGUAUGAGAACAUCAGAUAUUAAUAUAGACACGGAAAUGAUUUUUCUUGUUGUUUUAACCAAAAAUUGUUCUAUAGUGAAAUAACACUUUAAA